AUGAUUAUAGAAACGUCGGCAUUUAAUGAUAUUAAUUCAAAUUUAGAUAUUACGCUAGAACCAUCCGAAAUUGUGAUGUUUGAGACGUCAACCCCAUUUGAUGCUGCUUCAAUUUAUGCCGAAACUUUAAUCGCUUUGCCGAGUGCUUCUACAGCAGAUAAUGAAGCUAUCUCCGAUCCAAUGAAUGCGUCAUGCGUUGACCCAUUAGGUAGUGAAUUUGACGAAGCAUCUAGCUCUAAUAUAACAGGAUUAGAAAAGGCAAAGCUAAGGGAUCCAUAUGAGAAUAUACAAAUAGGCUCGUGGGUUGUUACGCCGUACCAAUGUCAGUUAAAGAAGAAUACUGCCAUAAAGUAUUUUAUUGGAAAAUUGAUAAAUAAUCAUCAAUCAUGA